AUUGGGUCGAAAUCCUACGCACAUCACAUCAAAAUGUGUCACUCGAUUUUUUCACAUAAUUUAACCAUUAUGUGGUGCCAUAGUUGAAUCUGUAAGUUUGCUAACUGUUAUGGAGCAUUCAACAAUGUAAAAUCAUUCACAUUUCUCCAUCUUGUUUAAAAUCAAGACUGACGUAAAAAAACAUCUACAGCGAUGUCGAGUGGACUUGUCAUCCCUGUAGUGCUGUGGGGGAGUACUGCCCCGACUCACUGCGUAUCAGCAGUAUUGGUUACCACUGACCAACGAACAAUCAUAACUGGGUGCCAUGAUGGACAGAUCUGCCUCUGGGACCUCAAUGAGAACAUGCAGGUGGUUCCCAGAAACAUGCUUCUUGGACACUCCGCUCCGAUCACAUGCCUCGCUAGAGCCAGUGAAUCCUGGGAGUCAUCCACUUUCAUCAGUGCAGCAGAAAACGGUGAGUUAUGUCUGUGGGAUGUGAGUGAUGGUCGAUGUAUUGAGCAGACUAAGCUACAAGGAGUGCCUACAGUAAUGCAUACGUACCAGGCAACCAAAGGCACAAGCCGCGAAUCUCGCAUCAUCUGCCACGGCUACUACCCGGACGUUCACAUCUUAGAUGCAACCAGUCUGGAGUUACUCUUUACGUUAUCGUCAAAAGUGUCGCCUGAUUGGGUCAGCGCACUGUGUGUCAUCCGGCCACUCAAGAGACAAGAAGAUGUUGUGAUUGGAAUAUCAAAGAGCGGGAUGCUGAAGGUAUGGAACCUUUGUGGAGCUGAAAGCAAGAACACGGAGCCCCACUUUGAGGAGGAGUGCAAACCGCUGCGGUGCCACAACACCCAGACGCUGUCAUGCUGUGCCUUCACUCUCCGCACAGUGCUAGUGGUCUGCACAAAGUACUGGCAGAUCUAUGACGCUGGUGACUUUUCCCAGCUUUGUUCAGAGGAUAGCGAGAAAGGGUACCAUUGGUGCGGGGGUGACUUCAUUGGAGCUGAUAGGGUCAUUAUCUGGAACAGUCAGGGCAAGGGGUACCUCUAUCAACUCCCUACAAGUUGCAUUCCUGAGAGUGAAGACUUCCGUACUAAUGUCGGACGUGGAGUCCCAAUUACAUCUCAUCCUUUCUUAUACUGCAUCCUAGAGGCUAAUGACCUGAAGCCACUUUCCUGCGCUCCUGCUAUGACAUUUUUCUACGGUCGGCGAGGUCCAUUCUACAAGCUCUUUGUCCGUGGUGAUUCGGAGGGUUGUGUAACUGUCUGGAGAAUGCCUGAGAUAUCGGACAAGGAGCUCAGCUACUUGAAGCAGGAGGAAUUUGACACUCUACCUGUGAUGCCUCCCUCUGCUUAUAACAGUCUGAGUGACCUAUGGAGGUAUUGCUCACCAAGGCCUGCUGGUAUUAUAGACCAACUUAGUGUCCCACAUGGUGACAAGACAGCCCAGCCUCUUCCUGUAACGGCUAGUAUCUACCUACCAGACCAAGGAUGGUUGGUGUGUGGUCGUAAAGAUGGUAGUAUUGUCAUUGUACCUGCCAUCCAAACGGCCAUAGUACAGCUUCUUGAGGGACCUCACACAGCCAGAAGAGGAUGGCCACCUCACCGGAUCCUCCGAGGCCACCAGGACAAGGUGACCUGUCUCUUGUACCCUAAUCAGGAGCAUGUCCGCUAUGACGCCACCUAUCUGGUGUCAGGGGGAGUGGACUUCUCCAUCUGUCUGUGGGACAUCUUCGCCGGGGUCUUGCUUCAUACCUUCUGUCUACACGGAGGUGAAAUCUCGCGAAUGGUGAUCCCCCCAGAAAACUGCAAUGCUCGUGUGUUGAAUUGUAUCUGCACCGUGGCCAGUGACCACUCCGUGGCCCUCCUGAGUCUGCGAGAUCGCAAGUGCAUCAUGCUAGCCAGUCGUCAUCUCUUCCCCAUUAAGACCAUCAAGUGGAGACCCACUGAAGAUUUCCUCGUAGUCGGCUGUGAGGACGGCAGUGUCUUCGUAUGGCAGAUGGAAACAGGUCAUCUGGACCGUAUAGCCCAAGGAGUAACAGCAGAAGAUAUCUUGGAUGCCUGCAACCACAUCGGACAAACUGUAGAAACCAUGCUAACUCCAGCACAAAGUAUCGCCCAAGCUUUCCGCCGUCGCAGCCUGUCAGCGAUAAAGAACGCUGCCCAUCGCCACCUCCUUGCCACCUACCAGGGCUCCCUGCUCAACGCCCCCUCCAACAUCGUCCCCGCUGCCAAGAACCCGUCCCACGCCCUCUCCAUCCAGGCGAUGCGAUCGAACUGUAAAGACUCCGAUUUCCACGUUCUGUUCUUCGACACCGAAGUCCUUGUUGUGCAUCUCUUGACGGACGAGAACCUCAUCCCAGGCAUCGUCACCAAAAACCAGCCAGAGUCUGGUAAGCCGACUCCUGCUCGCCAGUCAGGGUCCAAGUCGCCGAGGCUAUCCCAACGCGUCGCUGGGUUUCUAACCAAGCAGAUUGAGAAGCAGAUCAGAGAUAGCGAUGAUGACGACGAAGACGGGAAUCUGAAUCCGCUUCACCCGCCGUCAGCGUCUUCAAACCGCCGCGACAACCCCACUCGUAAAACAUCCAAGAACUUGACCCUCGACCAGAGCCACCUGACACUGGACAUCGCCCAGCUCUUCAUGUCCUGCCUCCAUGCCUGGGGGCUCGACCCCACCCUCGACGAUAUCUGCUUAACCAAGCUCGGCCUUCUCAAACCCCACUCCCCCGUGUCCUUCGGUUUGCUCUCCCACGGAGCUCAUAUGUCUCUCAUGUUACCAGGCUGGCAUCGGAACCCCUCCAAGGCCCCCUCGCCUUCCAGACUCUCCCCUGAUCCCAGCUCCAUCACGGCCAAGGAGGCUCUUGAGCUGAAGAAACGAGAGCAGAAGGAGAUGGUGGAUAGUAACCAGCUUGGGGCCACACUGGAUGAGCAAUACUUGGGCCACUGGGAGCUUUCCAGGGCGGUGACCACUCAACAUCUUCUGUCCGUCAUCUCAGUGGCCAACACGUUGAUGAGUAUGAAUAAUGCAAGCUUCAUGAUCCUCUCACAUUUCCGCAAAGGAAAGGCGAAGAGGUCCCCUGGAGGAAAAGGAACAGAUGGGGACAAUUCCGACCCGUUUGAUAAUCUUGCCGAUCUGACUCCAGAACAAGCUAUGAUCAAACAAGGUUGGAGUCUGUUAGCUGCAUUGCAUUGUGUACUGCUGCCGGAUCUAUUGGGGAGCACUAGGUACAAACCACCACAUCUAGAGAUGCUGGCAAGACGAUGGCAAGACAGAUGCCUAGAGGUGCGCGCUGCUGCACAAGCCCUCCUUUUGGCUGAGCUGCGUCGUAUUGGAGCAGAUGGGCGGGAAGAGGUGAUCCACACAUGGGCUCAUCAUCUGCCCAACUACGUAGACUCGUCUCUCAGUCUGCUCGGAAGUCAGAGUCAAGCUAGCUCAAUGACUUCGCUCUCGGACUCCGGGAGUAACGACAGCGAAGAACAUGAGGAGGAAAUACUGUCGGGUGAUUCACCAACUAAGAAGUGUUCCACCUCCUUUGAAUCAAGACGCAAGCAGGCUACGGCGAUCGUUAUGCUCGGUGUGAUCGGGGCAGAGUUUGGUGCAGAGAUUCAACCGAGUCGUCUGCAGGGCACACCGACCCAUCGUCAGGUGCAACAAGGCUUCGGGAUGAGCGACUACUCACUAGCUAGACAUACAGCUCAAGCAUUGGCUUACCUCUUAUUGGAGCCUGCCAAGCCCAAACUGCCUGCUCACACCCCGAUCCGUCGAGCAGCUAUCGACCUACUAGGUAGGGGGUUCACUGUGUGGGAGCCGUUCGUCGAUGUCUCGGCAGUCUUUCUGGGUCUACUGGAGCUAUGCAGCAAUCCUAAUCAGUACGCUGCAAUCAUCAGUAGUGGCCUCCCGAUAACUCCGGCUGCCGAUUCAAGCCGCAGUUCUCACCACUCCCUGUCCCUGAUCGCCACUGCCAGGCCGGCAACCUUCAUCACCACCAUCGCCAAGGAGGUGGCUCGCUACCAGGCGCUGGUGACUAACACCCAGACGCCGGCAGCAAUCCUUCAGAUGAACCCGUUGAGUAGAGCCAAGGCAGAGGUGCUCCGAAUCGUAGAGCUCCUGAUUGAGAAGAUGCAGAACGACGUCGUGGAUCUAAUGAUUGAGGUAAUGGACGUCGUCGUGCAUUGUCUGGAUCCAGGCCAGCUGAAGAACAAGGGCCUAGUGGAGAUCUUCCCCUGUAUCUGCAGAUUCAACAUGCUGAGUUACUGCCAUAACACUAAGCGGAUUGCUGCAGGCGCUAAGACGGGCCUUAUUGCUAUCUAUGAUGCCAAGUCAGGAAAAUCACAGCAUAUCUCUGGGCAUGGCAGUGCCGUGACUGCUCUAGCUUUCUCACCUGAUGGAAAGUACAUGGCUUCCUACGCCCACGCUGACACCAAGCUCUGCUUCUGGCAGACAAUAGCAACCCAUGUGGCUGGAGUAAUGAAGCUGACUGGAAGCUCAAUGUUUGGAGGUAUGAUCAGCUCGUCAACAAAAUGCGUCAAAGCGAUCAAGACGAAAUCCUUUGACUCGUCGCCCACCAUGAACCAACUGCGACAGGUCAGCUUGUCCUGGCCCCAGCCCAGGGCCAUAAUCCUAAGAUACGCCGAUGGAACGCUGGAUAAAUUUCACCUGUGAGUAGGAACUUGUUCGCAACCAUCUAGUCAACACAAGUCAGGCAAAACUCACCCUGACCAAUUUUUGGUGGCACACUCGACAUUUAAGGCACAGCAGCCGAUUUCACUUUAACAUGUUCACUUCAAUGUGUACCAACGUCUUUUGGUACGGAACUGAACUCGUCCUAAGUCCCAAGAUUAAUCCUAGGUUAGGGAGAGUUUUGUGAAAUCGACAGCUGGACA